AUGGAUGACAAUUAUUACGAUCUAACUGCCGAAUUAGAUGCCAGAGAGAUAUUAAGAUAUCUUAACAAUUUGGGUAUUCAUAACAUAAGUGGUGAGGUCUUGAAGUAUUUUAUUACAGAUUUAAAAAAGCUAAUAAAGUAUGACCUGCAACAAAAGAACCAGUCCAGAUCCACAAACCACGAGAAAGAUGAAACGCCAGGUCCAGAGAGGUUGCAUAGUGCGAGCACGUUUUGUUCCCGCCUUAGGUCUAAAGGCCACGAAAAUGUUAUACCAAAAUGUACCAGAGAAUGUCAGAAGAGUAGGAAAGUAAAUGUUAGAAAUGUACACUCUGCACCUAACUUGGGACAGCCAAAAACAGAAGAUAAGCCCCUUAGGCGGGCUUGUUCUUGUGUAAGAGUUGAGAAAAAAGAAGAAAAAAGGUCUGAACUGGAGAAGGAAAGGAGUUCUUCUUGUACUACUAGUAAUAAUUUGAUCAAAGUGCCAAAACAACAACCGAAAAAGAAAUGUGAUCCCGUCACUUUGUACCAUUACUACACCACUUUAUGGGACAAGUACAAAUCUAAUGUGCCGGGCGAAAACAACUGGUCAGACUUACGAUGGAGUAUCAGACAGAAAAUGGCUGGAAAUAUUGUAAAACAGACAUCUUCAAAUAAGGUUCCUGAUUCUCACAGAGAAAAAGAACAGGGGACUGUUAGAUCUUGA